GGGGCGGGGCGCGCGCCGCCGUUGCCAUGGGCGCCGCACCGGGCCCGCAGCCGGGGCCGCCGCUCCGCUCCCGCCGAACGGGGAACGGGACAGCCCCGGGCAGCCUCCCGGUGCCCUCGGUACGCGGCUCGGGUAGGCCAGAGUAAACAAUGGAGCCAGAUGUAAAAGUGAAUGAAGAUUUCAAAAGCCAGUUCAAGGCUUAUGAGGAGCAACAGCAAAGGCGGCUGCAGAACUUGAUGGAGAUGAAGGAGAAGCAGGACAGGCAGAAGAACACUGGCAGCACAAAGGAGACUAUAAGAGCCCUGAGUGAUCUAAACCUGUUUAAAAAAGGACCUCCUGUAAAUGAAGAUGCCAGCAAAAGUUUGCUUGAGGCUGAGAAUGAGCAGCUGCAGGAUCAGCUCCGAGAGGUCCGGGAUGAGAACUGCAGGCUCUACAGACUGGUGUCAGAGAAAGAUUUUGAAAUAAAGGAGCUCCAGAGAAGAGUACGGGAGGAGAGGUUGGCUUUGUCAGGGGUGUCUGGUUUAGCUGGAGACGUGGCUGCCACUAAAAUCGUUGAGUUGGCCAAAAAGAACCGUGAGGUCACUGCUGAGUUUGAGAGUGAGAGAGCCAAAGUGAAGCAGCUGAAUCACAAAGUCAAGGAGCUGGAGAGAGAACUCCAGGCAGCCACAGAAAAAAUCCAUUCCCUUGGUGGUGAUGCUGCAGGAAUCAAGGAAUCAACUCUGAAAAUGCUGGAAGGAAACUUGGCUGAAAAUCCAGAGGUGAAAGCACUGCAAGAAAAAUUGAGCACAGCCAACGUAAAAGUGACAGAAUAUCGGAACCAGCUCCAGAAUCUGAAACAGGAACUGAAGCUGACCCAAAAGAUUUUAGCCAAAGAAGUGGGCGAAGAUGUGAAUAUCCAAAAUCUCAUGGCCAGUUCUGGCAACUGGCGUGGACGAGCUCAGCAAAUUCUUCUUCUCCAAACCAAGGUUCAGGAGCUGGAGCAUAAACUGAGUCAUCAGAAGAUCAGAGCUUCACUGCUUGAGGUGGAUGAGGGAUUGCUGGCAUUUCCUGAUCCAAGGAAGUUGUCAGUCCAAGAGAAGAACUUGCUGAAGAUUCGCAGCUUGGAAAAAGAAAAGAAGGAAUCUUUGGAGAAACUCUCUGAGCAACACAACACUCUCCAAAAAAACCAUGAGGAAUUGAAAAAAAAACUUGAUGCCUCAAAAGCCAGGAACCAAAUUCUGUGUGCAGAAGUGAAGACGCUGAAGGGACAGAUUGGAACCUUGCUGGAGAAAGGGAAACAUGAUGAUGAACUCAUAGAUGCCUUGCUGAGCCAGCAGAAGCAAAUGCAGGAGAUCUUAAAGGGGCUGAGCCAGAAGGAGGAUGGGAACAAGGGAUCUCAGGAGAUGAUGGGGCAGCACUUGGACCCUGAGAUUCAGAAAAAAGGUACCCUGAUAGAUGAGCUCAGCAAGUUGGUGGUUGACAGAGAAACAAAGCUUCAAAUGCUGGAGAAGGAGGUUGGGCAGCUCACACUUCAGGACAAGUCAGGAGCUGCUCAUCCCCCAUGCUCUGAGCACUCAGGAUUACCUGAGGGGUCAGGCAGCAGCAGAGCUGGAAGGACAGAAUCUGCCUGCACAGUGUCUGCGAUGGGCCACGUGCUCGUGGAGUCAGCAGCCACAACGCCUUUCUUCCUCAUCCCACCUGGAAGGAGUGGGAACCAGGCUCUCUGUGCUUGUGCUUUCCUCAGGUCUGCUGGCACGGACGGCUCGAGCCGGGAGGCGCUGCUGGGACAGAUCAAAAUGCAAAGGACUCAGUGCCAGGCUGCUGAAGCAGAGAGGAAAAAGCUCUUGGAGCUGGUGGCUGUGCUGGAGAAAAGGGUGGAGGAGAUCAGCAACAAAAUCUUGGAAACUGAGAAUAAGCUCCAGGAAGAGGAGUGGCAGAGUGACAGCUUGGAAGAGCAGCUCGAAAAGCUGCAGGUGGAUGCAGGGAGCAGCACAAGUGCACAGGAGCCUGCCCUGGGGAGCAGAAAAGGUGAAGGGGAACCCUCAGCCCCAGCCACGUCCCCUAUUUCACCUCUGGGCUUUACAGACAGCGACAAAAUUCGGGCUCCACCUGCCAAACCCAGCCCAGGGCUGGAGCUUGCACGUGGUGAUGGGACCUGCUCAGAGCCAGGAGCAAGGCAGCAGGAAAAAUCCUGGCCCUUCUUCAGUGAAAAGGGUUUUCCCACAGCUCUGAGUGGGAGCAGGAUUUUUGCAGCGUGUUUCCAUGGGAUAACUCCAGGAAAAAAGCUUUCCCCUGCUCUGUGCUGCCCACAGCUCCCUUUGCACUCGAGCCUGAGGGAUUCAGCUGAAGGUUAAGAGCAGAAUUAAAGGACAUAUCCCAAUUUAAGGCCUGUCAGUGCCUAUGAAAAACUAUUGCUGGUGAUGAAGUAAUUAGAUCUGGUGUAAUUUAUUAUCCCAUGAACGUGAUAAUCUCCUGCUAUAAAUAUGAAAGCCUCCCUGGCAUAGUUAAAGAAGAAGAAUUCAUGGUGGGUGUUAAAUUUUUAUUUCCCUGAUCAGAUCCUUUUAUUGCUUAAGGACUCUGAUUCUGUAAAGUGUCUAAACCAAUAAAAUGGCACAUAUUCUUAAGGAAAA